CAGGCCGCGCUCGGCGCCGGCCGGGAAGAUGAUCCUGGUGCGCAGGUUCCGGGUGCUCAUCCUGAUGGUGUUUCUGGUGGCCUGCGCGCUGCACAUCGUGCUGGACCUGCUGCCCAAGCUGGAGCGGCGCGCCGCCCGGCCGUCCGGGGAGCCCGGCUGCUCCUGCGCGCAGCCCGCGGCGGAGGCGGCCGCACCUGGCUGGGCCAAGGCGCGCGGCCGGCCGGGGGAGCCUCCGGCCCCCGCCUCUGCCGCCGGCGACUCCGGCUGGCCCAACAAGCACACGCUGCGCAUCCUACAGGACUUCAGCUCCGACCCCUCCUCCAACCUCACGUCCCACUCCCUGGAGAAACUGCCUCCCGCCGCCGAGCCGGCGGAGGGAGCCUUGCGGCGGCAGGAACCUGGCGCCCCCCGGCCCCGCGACCCCGCGCACCGGCCGCUGCUCCGAGACCUCGGUCCCCGCCGAUCCGCGCCGCCCCCUGGCCCGAGCCGGGACGGCUCCCUCCUGGCCAGGCUGUUCGAACACCCGCUGUACCAGGUCGCCGUCCCGCCGCUGACGGAGGACGACGUUCUCUUCAACGUGAACAGCGACAUCAGGUUCAACCCCAAGGCGGCGGCAGAGAACCCCAAUUGGCCCCAGGAAGGUCCCGCCGACGAGGAGUUCCUGCCCACGGGGGAGGCGGCGGUGGACAGCUACCCCAACUGGCUCAAGUUCCACAUCGGCAUCAACCGCUACGAGCUGUACUCCAGACGCAACCCGGCGGUGGAGGCCCUGCUGCAGGACCUGGGCGCGCAGAAGAUAACGAGCGUGGAGACAGCUUCUAGCUGGGCCCUCAGCUUAGCAGAUCCUGCUGGCGGCUCUGGAGACCAGGCCCCUAGGCGGGGCUGCCUGCUGCGGGUGGCCCCGGCCCUGGCCUUGCGGGACCGGGUGGGCCGCACCCCUGGGGACGCCGGGAUGGAUGGCAGCCCCUUACGGGAGCCCAGAGCCAACCAGAGGACGCGAGACACCUGGAGACCCGACCAGGUGCAGGCGUGCCCAGCAGCUCUGGCCCAGGGCCUGCGCCUGCUCACCUGGGGUCUGAGCCUGCUCGCCUGGGGUCUGCCUGUGCCCCCACGGCACCUCUCCCGCCACCUGCGGCUCCUCUGCAAGAAGGACCCCCCAACUCCUCGCACCCUGCUCCCCAAAGCCCGUCGAAGUCGGGGGGGCACGCAGCUCAAGCUCGUCAUGACGUUCCAGAACUACGGGCAGGCGCUGUUCAAGCCCAUGAAGCAGACCAGAGAGCAGGAGACGCCUCCUGACUUCUUCUACUUCUCGGACUACGAGAGGCACAACGCGGAGAUCGCUGCCUUCCACCUGGACAGGAUCCUGGACUUCCGCCGGGUCCCUCCCGUGGCCGGCAGGAUGAUCAACAUGACCAGGGAAAUCCGGGACGUCACGCGGGACAAGAAGUUGUGGAGAACCUUCUUCAUCUCUCCAGCCAACAACGUCUGCUUCUACGGGGAGUGCUCCUACUACUGCUCCACCGAGCAUGCCCUGUGCGGGCGGCCCGACCAGAUCGAGGGCUCGCUGGCCGCCUUCCUGCCGGACCUGUCCCUGGCCAAGAGGAAGACGUGGCGGAACCCUUGGCGACGCUCCUACCACAAGCGCAAGAAGGCAGAGUGGGAAGUGGACCCCGACUACUGCAAGGAGGUGAAGCGGACGCCCCCCUACGACAGCAGCCACCGCAUCCUGGACGUCAUGGACAUGACCAUUUUCGACUUCCUCAUGGGGAACAUGGACCGGCACCACUACGAGACCUUCGAGAAGUUCGGGAACGAGACAUUCAUCAUCCACCUGGACAACGGAAGGGGGUUCGGGAAGUACUCCCACGACGAGCUCUCCAUCCUGGUGCCUCUCCAGCAAUGCUGCAGGAUCAGGAAGUCCACCUACCUGCGGCUGCAGCUGCUGGCCAAGGAGGAGUACAAGCUGAGCCUGCUGAUGGCUGAGUCCCUGCGCCGGGACCGCGUGGCCCCUGUGCUGUUCCAGCCGCACCUGGAGGCCCUGGACCGGCGCCUGCGCCUCGUGCUGCAGGCCGUCGGGGACUGCGUGGGGAGGGACGGGCUGCGCCGCGUGGUGGACGACGACCUGGACCCCGGGCACAGAGGCUCCGCCGACAGGUAGUGACCGCAGCCGCCGGCCGGCGCCGAGGACGGACACGAGCGCCCACGCUGCGCGCUCGCCAGCCCGCGGGCCGCUCCUGGACCCGGGAGCCUCGGACGGGCGCCCCCCCUCGGCAGUGGGCCCCACAGGACACGCUCUGUCCGUCUCCCCGACCAGAGAGUGUGGGAGACGGUGCCCCGAGGACAGGCGC